CAUUUCCAUAAAGAGGAUGGGGGUGAUCUGCUGAGGCAACGCUGCCCACCAUAUAUACCCUAUUUCAUUUUUCACUGUCUGAGUUUCUUUGGCAGUGACUUCUUUUCAUCCACCCAGUGUGUCUUGUCCUCUGUCCUCUUCUUCCUCUGCCUGAAGACCUCAAAAAACAGCCAAGAUGUCUGAGAAAAAAUUGACCUCGAGCCGCAGGCACCACCUGAAGAGUCUGAUUCUUCAGAUCGCUCAGAACUGGAUCGCAACAGAGAAGAAAGAGGCCAUUGCAGCAAAGGAGGCCUACAUGGCCGAGAAGUGCCCACCCCCUGACCUGAGUGGGGACCAGGCUGCUCUCAUGGAAACAUGCAAGAAGCUCCACGCUCUCAUCGACCAGCUCGAUGAGGAGAGAUACGACGCUGAGGGCAAGGUGCAGAAGGCCGACAAGGAGAUUGAAGACCUGAACAUCAAAGUCGUGGACCUGAGGGGUGUGAAGAAACCCGCUCUGAAGAAGGUCCGUAUGUCCGCCGACUCCAUGCUGAAGGCUCUGCUGGGCUCCAAGCACACGGUCAACAUGGACCUGAGGUCCAACCUGAAGCAGGUGAAGAAGGAGACAAAAGAAGAGCCUACAGAAGCCGUCGGCGACUGGCGUAAGAACAUUGAGGACAAGGCAGACAGGAAGAAGAUGUUCGAGUCUGCCUAAACCCGCCUCUGCUCUUUGUCUGUCUGUUUACAUGAACUCCACGUGUCUGCAUCUGUUGGUUGAACCCGUUGGUUUGUUAAAAUGUGGGUCAGGUUGAGGAGCAGGUUAGCCGUCGGUGAAGGGUCACUGUUUGGGUGACAGAAGGUUCCUUUUUCUUUUUUCUUUUUUUUUUUUGCACUUUGUUUUUGUCUAUAGAGGAGGAGAAGAGUGGAGGAUGAAGAGUUUCCGCAGGUUCACGCACCAACACACACAAAACCCAAGUCUUAAACCGCACACAUUCAGGGAAACACUGGCACCAACGAACCACGCUGAUGAAAUACAAUAAAGUCUGUUG